AUGUCGGGCACCUUGCUCAUUAAUAGUCGGACGGAAAAAAAUCUUCCCAAGUAUUCGUCAAGAAUAAAAAGAAUAUUACACCAAUGCUUUUUUUGGGUUUUCUUUUCAGGUCUUCUCACCACAAUCAAUUGCUACAAUGUGAAGUGGGUAGCUCGAGUCACGGACAUUUUUACAGGAAUGAAAAUUCUGGCACUGCUGGUGAUUGUGGCAGUGGGAAUAUGGUACCUCUUUGGUGGAAACACCCAAAAUUUAGAAAAUCCAAUGGCGGGAUCGAGUUCAUCGCCUGGAUACAUUGCCCUGGCCUUCUACAAUGGACUGUUCUCCUACUCGGGCUGGAAUUAUCUCAAUUUUGUGACUGAAGAACUCAAGAAUCCCUACAGGAAUCUCCCACGAGCGAUAUGCAUCAGCAUGCCACUCGUUACUAUUAUUUAUGUCAUCACCAAUGUAGCCUAUUUUGCUGUUCUCUCAACGGAUGAGAUCCUGUCGUCAUUGGCUGUGGCUGUAACCUUUGCUGAUAAGAUGUUGGGCUAUGCAGCCUGGAUAAUGCCUCUGUUUGUUGCCUGUUCCACCUUUGGAUCCCUCAAUGGAGCCAUCUUUGCUUCUUCGCGGUUAUUCUUCGUUGGUGCUCGAAAUGGCCAUCUUCCAGCUGCAAUUUCUCUCAUCAACAUCAAUUACUUGACUCCUGUGCCUUCUCUCAUCUUUUUGUGCAUAAUCACACUUGUGCUUCUGUUCAUCGAUGAUGUUUACGCAUUGAUCAACUACGUCAGUUUUGUGGAGGCACUCUUCAUCCUCAUCUCCAUUUCUGGGCUUCUGUAUUUGCGCAAGACACAACCAGAUGCCAAAAGGCCAAUUAAGGUCAACCUCAUUCUACCGCUCACAUUCCUCGUCACAUGUGGCUUCCUCGUGAUUUCCUCAUGCUACGUGUCCCCCUUUGAGGUGGGCAUCGGAACAGCAAUUAUUCUGUCCGGAAUACCUGUAUACUAUGCCACAAUUCAUCAUCCAAUCGCAGGAUUGGAAGCAGCAUCGCAGAAAUUGAACAAUUUCUGCGCCAAACUCUUCGUCUGUAUGCCAAAUACAGAGAAAAUUGACUGAUAUUUGGGAUGAUCGGCUGAGCCAACCCUCACAGCUAAAUAUAAUGCUAUUACAAAUUAUAUUUGAAUAAAGAUAAAAAAUGGCGGGAAAUUUUCAUUACAAAA